UUCGUGACACCUCGCUCAUCAGCCACUGUCGCCUCCUCACGGUUUGUUCCCCCUCGCUCUGCUCCUUGGCUCACUCAAAUCAAUUAUGAAUCAGCAUAUAAACCACGUCUCGGAUCACCAAUUUUACAACAGGCACCACGUUCUUGCUUUAGGAGGGUCCCAUACAGGCUGCACCAAAGCUUGUGCGGUCUAUUCCACCCGUCGCGCGUUCUGACUAUAUCACAAGCCCCCUUUCAUAUACAAACCACUGCUGAGCGUGAAGUUCAGCAUGUAUCCGGCAUACGCUGCUCUCAUGAUCGCCUUUCCCAUACUGGCAACGUCAGCCACCAAGCUGACGACGACAACAGUGGUCACAACAGCACCUCCUACAGCAUAUGUUCAAGUCUUUGAGGCAAAUGCCGUGUUUUACAGCAGUAUAUUCAGUUUUCUAGCUGGAAGCAUCGUGAAUGUGGAUACUGUGGAGGGCCUGACUACCAUCGGGACCAACUGUAUCCAUAGCCUGGCCGUCAACUGCUCGUUGGAGACUGUCGGUUUUCCCCCUACGUUUACCAUAGGGCCUUCAACGUACAUACACAGCUCAGACGGCUCAGAACAAAACUCUCAGCAGUGCACUAGCAAUAUCGACUCAAGGGCCUGCAGGAUCUUUUCUUCAACCCAAAGCGCAUCUUGCGAGAUUUUUGCGAGCUACUGGUAUUCUGACGCCCACACGAGCACAUCCAAGCAUACAAAACGUCAUACGACCUUGAAGUCUUCAGAUAUCAAAUACCACAAUCUAUUGAUCACGGCAGGUAUUGAGAAGCUCCCAACAGCAGUGACGACGUCACAGACCCAGAAAAGGACUGCCACCGUCCCCACGGCUACUGCUUUGGCCCCUACCACGGCCGCUGCCUCUUCUCCCAGCCCAGCUUCCCAAUCCCAUCCCUCGAAAACGUGGGUUGCCGGACCGGUUGUGGGAGCCGUGGUCGGGUGCGGCCUGAUAGCAGCUGUGUUAUACUGGUGUCUCAGGCGAAAGAGACAGAAAGUGCCAUCGGCUGAUUCUGGACCAACAAUUCAGGAUCCUUCAGAGGAAAUCAGGGGACUCGGCAGCCCUGUUAAGUCUGCAUACAAAGCGUGUAUGCCAGCGGAAACUCAAGGAACCCCUGUAUCCGAACUUCCGGCAGAUGAGCCUCCAUGCGUUCGACAUACUGCCUAAUCUUUCUCGGGGCCAGAACAACAAUGGACAAAGCGUAAAUAUUGCAGUGGGCGAGAUUCGUGCUCGAACAGAUCUAUUAAUUCAAAGUUAUG